AUGUUGAUGCUGCUGCUGCUACCGCUUGCGCCACCGACCCCCGUGUCGCCGGAGCAGCACGCCCGCAGCUGGCGCAACAUCGUGAGCAGGAAGGUGCGCUUCCCCAUCGCCCUGCAAGCGGCCAUCCGCGACGGUAACGUGGCGCGCGUCUACGACAUCCUGGGGGCCGCCGAGACCGGAGGUGGGGUCACGGCGGAGCGGGGGGGGGCACCCAACCCGCGGCAGGCGGACGAGCAGGAGGAUCGCUCGUGGAGGGAGGCGCUGAACCUAGCGAUCCGCAUGGGCAGCGACGAGGUGCUGGGCGCUCUGCUGCGCUGCGUGCGCUUCGACUUCCGGCAGAUCCACGAGGCCCUCCUCGUCGCCGUGGACACCAACCAGCAGCAGGUCGUGACACUGCUCCUCGACCGCCUGGACAACGACAAGGCCCUGGGCCACAACAAGAUGGACAUCCGCUCCUUCUCGCUCGCCAUCUUCGACCACUCGAUGGACAGCUCGCGCUACCCUCCGGGCGUCACGCCGCUCACGCUCGCCUCGCAGGACAACCUCUUCGACAUCGUCGAGGUGCUGCUGAAGAAGGGGCACGCCAUCCAGCGACCGCACAACAUCUCCUGCGGCUGCCUCGAGUGCCAGAACGGGCGGCAGUACGACACGCUCAAGUUCUCGCUGUCGCGCAUCAACACGUAUCGCGGCCUCGCCGGGCGGCCCUACCUGUGCCUCGCGAGCGGCGACGCCAUCCUCGGCGCCUUCGAGCUGAGCCGGGAGCUCACGCGUCUCGCCAGACAGGAGCCCGAGUUCAAGGCGGAGUACAUGGAGCUGGACCGGCAGUGCGAGGAGUUCGCCGUGGAGCUGCUCGCAAUGUGCCAGAACCAGCGCGAGGUGGACUCGCUGCUCAACGACGCGCCUCCGCACGGCGACGAGGAGCUGGCGCACGGCGCCUUCGAGGAGGGCAUCCCCAGCCUGGGCCGCCUGCGGCUCGCCGUGUCGCACCACCAGAAGCUGUUCGUCUCGCACCCGGUGUGCCAGCAAGUCCUCACCUCCAUCUGGUGCUCGGGCAUGCCCAGCUGGAGGGGCAGUCACGCCGCAGUCAAGGCGGGCACCUGCCUGGGCAUCUUCCUGGGCAUGCCGGUGCUCGCCCUCAUUUACUGGAUCGCGCCCAAGUCCAGGUUGGGGAACCUGCUGCGAACGCCCCUGCUCAAGUUUCUCAUGCACUCGGCCUCCUACCUGUGGUUCCUCUUCUUCCUGCUCGUCGAGUCCAUCAUGAUGGACAGCUCCAGCGACAUCGUGUCCACACGCAACCAGACGCUCAUGGACAACUCCUUCCACAUGGUUUGGGUGGCAGGCUUCCUGUGGUACGAGUGCAAGGAGGUGUGGAUCGAGGGCCUGUGCGUGUACCUGUCGGACUGGUGGAACUGUCUGGACCUGGCCAUGAUCAGCAUGUACAUCUCCUCCUUCACGCUGCGCCUGCUCGUGCGCUGGAGCGGAGAGCUGGCGUGCGGCCGGGACCCGCUCUCGGCCGAGUGUGCGUACUUCACCACGGCCGAGCGCGGGCAGUGGCAAAAAGACGACCCCCAGAUCAUCGCCGAGGUGGUGUUCGCCAUCACGAGCGCGCUCAGCUUCACGCGCCUCGCCUUCAUCCUCCCCGCGCACGAGUCGCUCGGCACGCUGCAGAUCUCCAUCGGCAAGAUCCUCGGGGAUAUCUUCCGGUUCAUGUUCCUGGUGAUGAUCAUCGGCACGGCGUUCCUGUGCGGCAUCAACAACCUCUACGUGCACUACACGUUCAACAAGCUGGGCCGGUUCAACGAGACGUUCCAGUACCUCUUCUGGACGGUGUUCGGCAUGGAGGACCGGCGCACCACGGACAUCCCCAACUUCGAGAUCGCGCAGUUCGUGGGGCGCAGCCUCUACGGCGUCUACGCCAUCAUCAUGGCCAUCGUGCUGCUCAACAUGCUAAUCGCCAUGAUCACCAGCUCCUUCGAGAGGAUCGAGGACGAUGCGGACGUGGAGUGGAAGUUUGCGCGCUCGCGCCUCUACCUCUCCUACUUCCGAGAGGGCCUCACCCUGCCGGUGCCCUUCAACCUCAUCCCCAGCCCCAAGUCUGUCUACUACGCUAUCAUGCGAACGGCCGGGCUCUUGUUUUGCCGGACGUCGCAGGGGCCAUCCUCACCAUCUGUGCCAAGCAUCAGCGAAGUCAUCAUGAACACAGGUGUCCACGACGGCUGGGGCCUGGUGGAACCCAGGGGCGCUCGGCAGAGCCAGGUGAUCAGGACGCUGGUUCGGCGCUACAUCGACAAGGCCCGGCAGGAGUACGAGGAGAACAAGCACAAAGAUCUGGGCUUCAGGGUCGGGGAGCUCACGAAGUCGGUGGCGCGGAUGCACGGCGACAUCAAGUCGAUCCGCAGGAGCCUGAGCCGGGCCCGGCUAGGCCUGCCCGAGUUCGCGGUGUCGCCCGGGCAGGCGCGGAGCGACGGCGACACCGCCUCUUACCUGCACGCGACCUCCGACGGCGAGUCGCCCUGCUCCAGCGCCAGCGCAUCGCAACGCGGCUCUUUCCGCUUCGUCGUCCACGAGCCGGACUCUCCGGCCCAGCAUCGCUCGGGGCCUGCGCACGACGACGCCCAGCACCCGCGACCCGUGCAGCGCGGGGGCGACUCGCAGCGGCUGGGCCCUGUCCACACGCCACGCGCGCUACCCUCCCAGCAACUGGGCUCCCGGUCGCCCGUGAGCGACUGCCUACGAAUCGGUGCCAGCGAUGGCCAUGGUGCCAGCGAGGUGCCCGGCGCGCCGCGGGUGGGCGGCGUGGACCUGGGCGGCGGUCCGAGCGCCGUCGGGAAUCGGCCGACGUCUGUCGCCGAGCGGGCGACUCCGAACGCCGCGGAUGAUGCCCACGGCCUUGAGAGGAAGCCGUCGCUGUUUGAUGGGCGGUCGGGCGGGCGGAAAGGCUCGGGGGAUGACACGGCGGUGGCUCCCGUGGAAGGCGGAGGCGGUGGAGGUGACGACGAGGCGAACGCCCACUGCACCCACGCUUCCACCGCUCGCCCGGAUGCGGCCGCGGGCGGUACGGUGGGUGGCAACAUGGGGGUGGCUACGGGCGUAGGGCGAAUCCGCGGUGCCGAGGAGUCUGACGAUUACACCGCCUUGUGACGCACCUGCCUCUUAACGUUAAGGCUGCAUAUUUGUAACGCCGCUCUGCGCAGUUUUCCUGAGAUUAACAGGCGUAGGCAACCACAGACAAGCGGGAAGGCAGCCAAAACCGACGCCAACAAUUGCGCAUGCUCUGGCUCUAAAUUAGGAUGCUAUGGCCAAGUCCACUAAUGAGUGAUUCUUCUCGUGGAAAGAAACCGGAGCACCUGGAGAUAACCCACAUGGACGAGGGGGGUAAUGCUCUAUACCACUACCUCCAGGGUAGGGUAACCUUGACGCCCUUUGGGAGUUUCACGACAUCCGCGUGAACCGCCAACCAUCGCCUCCGCAGUGCAAGAUCACAGACAUGCACCGCCCCCGACCGGUUCUUGCAUCCGUAAUGAAUUGACUUUGAUUUCAGACUCAACUGCCACCAUCGACAUCGGCAGCCAUGAUCUGUCCACCGCUGGAUAAAGGCCUCCCCAAGGUGUCGCCUUCUCUCGCAUCCCUGUGGUGUAACGGAUCUAACGUCUACAUACGAGCCGAUUCAAUCGCUACAUCUCUGCAAUUGAUGCCCUGUGCGGAGUGUACAUCCUCGGGCUGCCACUCCAUUGUCGGUGGUGUGGCAGCCACGGUGGAGAGAUGUUAACUAUUUCGUCUGAUAUGCAGGACGUCAUGGGUUUAAUCCCUACCCUGACCCCUGUAUGUUUGGAGUUUGCAUGUUCUCCUCGUCGUCGUGUGGAUUUUUCUCCGGAUCUUCCGGUUUCUCCCACCA